AUGUGGAAUAAUAAACUACCAAUUCGCUUUUGUGGCGUACUCACAUUCCUGCUCGCUGCAAACGCCGCACAGUUGUCCAACUUUAUGCCAAUUCGCUACUAUCACUACCCUACACCGCAACAUCAACUCACCAUCCCACAGUCGGCGGCCACAACAACGCAGCAACGAUAUCAACAACAAUCCGCCAGCUAUGCGCAAACCCAACAACGAUACGUGCAACAGCAAACGCAACAACAAUACUACCAGCAAUACCAACAAAACCAACAGCAAGCCUCACAACAAUCAGCAACUUCGUACUAUCAACAUACACAGCAACUGCCCGCCGCGACAGCAACUAAUGUCGCACAACAAUUUACCGCGCCCGCAUUGGAAAAUGCCGCCUUUACAACAGCCUUGACCAAUCAAGGUUAUAAGUACGGCAAUGGUGGCAGUGGCAUCAGCAACAGCCACGCGGCAUCAUCAGUUUCCGCAGCACGCGCGCUACCCUCCUCCAUAUUGCCAUUGCCUUCGUCCUUAGUGGAGGCUCUGGAGGCCGCGAAUGAUAUUGCACCAAAAGGCGCCAUCGACACCACAGAUACUUCGAUCAAUUUGAAAUUGCCGUUGCCGGUUAAUAUAGCGCCCAUCAAAGUGUCACCACUGCCACUGGACGAAGGCGUUUCCUUUAACAAGUUAGCUAAUAAUGGCGUCACCUCAUAUGGCACAGUUUAUCCACAGCGCAAGCGUAGAUGAGAGCGCAUGGCAUCGGCUUGGCGGUGCUACGUAGAACUGCGCGCUGGUGUGGAACUGUGCGUUACAAAGAGGCUCCUUCGUUUCUGGCUAAUUUUGUGUAACACCAACGCAGCACUUGACAUUUGCGGUUAGCUUUUAGCUGAAUGCUUCAGUGCAGCAUUCCACCACUUAAC